UUACAUUUAAUCGAUGAGUUCACUCCCUUUCAAGCAAAUUAGCCACUAUUUUUACGAGAAGCAAAACGAAUUAUUAAUAUUAGUGUUGGUGUAUAUAUUUAGUGUUUUUAGAGAUAAACACAGAACAGAAAAUGACCUCAAAUGAGCAGUCCGCUGAUAGUCAUACAAUGAAAAAGGGGCCAGAAAAUGAUGGGCAAGGUCAUUUGGUUGCUAAGCACUACAAUGAACUGCAGGAAGCAGGUCGGGAGUCAAGGACAGACAGCAGAAUAUUCUACAUGAGGAACUUCAAUAACUGGAUCAAAAGUGUUGUUAUACAUCAAGCUUUAGAAAGGUUGAAAAAAGACAAGGGUCAUGAUCGUGACAUAUCUGUCCUUGACCUAUGCUCUGGUAAAGGCGGAGACCUUCUAAAAUGGAAGAAAGGAAACAUACACAGCAUUGUCUGUGUAGACAUAGCUGGAAUCUCAGUUGAGCAGUCAGAGACCCGGUACAAGGAGAUGUUGUCACGGGAACGCAACCCAGACAGAGUAUACAAAGCUGAGUUCUUAACAGCAGAUUGUUCAAAGGAAAGACUCAAGGACCUGUACAAGGAUGCUGGGCGGACAUUCGACAUCUGCAGUUGCCAAUUCUCCUUCCACUACUGUUUUGAAACCCUAUCCCAGGCUGAGGUGAUGUUACAGAAUGCGGUGGAAUGCUUAAAAUUGGGCGGCUAUUUUAUCGGCACCACGCCCAACAGCCAGGAACUUGUACGCAGACUCCGUGAAUCAGAUGACAUGUCGUUUGGCAAUGAAGUGUACCGCGUCACGUUUGAAAAUGAAGACAAGCAAAAGUUGCCCCUGUUUGGUGCCAAAUACAAUUUCCACUUGGAGGGGGUAGUCGACUGCCCAGAGUUUCUUGUCUUCUUUCCUGUAUUAGAAAAAAUGGCAGAAAAGUAUGGCGUCAAGCUGGUGUACAAACAGUCAUUUGCAGACUUUUUCAAUCAGAACUUCGUAACCAGGGAAUACAAGGACCUUCUAAGUCAAAUGAAGGCACUAGAGAGUUAUCCAGCAGAGGAGGGUCGUAGUCUGGUUGGCAAAGAUGACGAGGAUUAUGAACAUGUGCGCUCCUUCAUAGACAGUGUGAAAGAGGAGCCAGACAGCAGACAUCAUGGCAGGGAACCACGCAAAGUUUCCGUGGGAACCCUCUCUAAAGCAGAAUGGGAAGCUGUCACCAUCUACUGCGUGUUCAUGUUCCAAAAGGUGAAGGACAUGGAGACAGGGGAGGUAUGGAAGGUGUCCACGCAUGACGGGACAUCAGUGGGCAGGGAUAGGGAACGCCUUCAUGAGGGGGCAGAGUAGGGAACAGAAGGGGCCAAGCCACGGAAAGCUCUUAGAAACACUUAGGAUUGAACCUCAGCAGGAAGAUGGAUCUGUUUGGUCACCUGUACUUAACUGUCCUGUUCGUGCAUGGCACUAUUAUUCGCCGUUGGGGACUAAUGGCAACAGAUAUUUUUGUACAGGUGCUGUAUUCAGAAAAAAAGGUUUUGUUAUGGCUUGUUCACAGGUGUACACACAUUUCAAGAGUUGAGCGUAAAAGACAUGUAAAUUGCAAAGAUGAGUUUGAUACUCAAUCACUAAAAUUUACAUUAACAUUGUGACACAUGUUAUGUCUACAAAGAUUGGUUAGAAAUUGUUUACCUGGCCAAUCUGUAUUGAAGACAGGUUGAUUUCCAUCAUGUAUGUAUGAAUACAAUUUUGUAAUGUGAUUAUUAAUUAUGCACAUACAAUGUUUAUGUCCCAACUAAGUGGUAGUAAUUUAUGAUUGCUCUUGUGUGUCCCAACAUUUCAAUAAAAUAUUUGUUUUCAUCUCUUUAAAUGGAUCUUUUCACAGAUUUUGGAAUGUUUUUAAGUUUGUCAGUAAAUGCUUUAAUCGAUAAAUAGAACUAAAUAGCUCCUGUAUAAAACAAUAAUAAAAAAAUAAAAAAAUAGAAAAAAAAUCCUCAACUGGGCUUGAACCACUGACAAUUGGAGUAAAAAACUAGGGCUUAAACCGUUCAGCCGUCCGUGCUCCUACAGAAGUGGGUGUACAUUAUACUUUAUAUAAGCAAUUCUCAUAAUGUCACUAAAUAUAACAAUUACAACAGAACAGAACUCUCCAAUUAUUCAGUUGUUUGGGUUUGUAACGCUUUAUAAUUUCAGGGGUUUUUCAUUUUCAAAAAAUGCACAUACAUGUACUAAUAAUGAAAUAUUUAAGAACGUGAGAAAUUUUGGUAUUACUAUUUCCUCUUAAUAUCAUUAAUAGAACGAAAAUUUAAAUCUUUUUUUUUCAAUUUUGUCAAUUUACCACAGCAUGAAAAGGUCCCUUUGAACUGCUGUGUUGAUUUGGAUUAAACUAUCAAAGCUGA